AUGGAAGAAAGUGGAUUACUCCAGAUAGAUAACCUCCUGCACAAAUUUACUCUUCAUUACAUCUAUCUGUCACACAUAAACACGGCACUUUCAAGUUUUACCUCUGCCUGGAAUAAUCAUCCAUUAAGAACAGAAAAUAACUGGAGCCCUGAGAGGAUUUGGGUUAAUGGGAUGAUUGAUGUGAGAAAUCAUCAAUUGAUGGCGGUUGCUGUGAAUUACUGUAUCUAAAGAUGCAUUACCGUUCCUUAGAGUUAUGCAAGACUCAGACUUUGUCUGGAAGCCUUGAUUAUGACAAGACACUCUCUUUAAGCUCUCAGGCUCGUUCUGAUUUACAAUGGGUCAUUGAGAAUAUUACCCAGUGCAAUGGUAGACUUUUUCAGUUUCCGAAAAUUGAUAUUUACAUCGGGAGUGAUGAUGGUUGCUGGGAUUGUGGAACAAGAG